AGCCAUCGGCUCAAUGGGAGCUUCUGUCUCCAAGCGCGUAUCUGCUCAUUAUCGUGCUAACCCAGGACUCUUUACUACGAGCAUCUUUGGCGAGGGUUGCCAAUGAUGCGCGCGACUCCCCGCGAUUACUACGGACUUCUGGACAGCGAGCUGGUGGUGCGAGACCUCCAGGUUCCGGAGGUCUCUAAGGCAUGGCUUGGCGAGAUGGCAACGAUGUCGGCCGCCCUGGUGCGCAUCAGGUGCCCCACGGCGCCCGCCGCGUGCAGCGGCGAUGAGGCCGCCAGCGCGCCGUGCCUCUGCGGGCCCGGCCUCGCGGACCUGGGCUUGUGGGGCCUCGGCCUGCCGGCGGCCCCGCCACGGCAGCCUUGGGGGCUUCCCGCCCUCGGCGAGCUGCAGCUGGCCGCUGGGGCCCCCGCGGGAGGCCCGCACGCCGCCUCGGCGCGGGAGUUCCUCUGCGACCCGUCGCGGGACCCGCAGGCCUGGGACCUCCCCGAGGGCGUCCGCGGGCUGUCUGCAGCGGAGGAGGUGGUGCCGCAGCCAGCCGAGCCCUUGCAAGAGGAGGAGCCCAGUUGGCUCGACGGCGUGCUUGCUGGAGGCGCCCUGCUCGAUCUCGACGACGAGCUGUCGGCCGACGCGGCCGGGCUGGCACCUCUGGGGUGGGCCGGCGAGGGCGGGCCACGGGGCGAGCUGUGUCCCGUGCAGGGUGGCGAAGUCGAGCGGGGCGGUGGUGUACCGUGUGUCGAGGGUGAUAUGUGGUCUCUGCCCGCUUUGCCUGGUCUCGACAAUCUCGAUCUUGGCCUCGACGCGGUGCGGCAGAUCGCACAAGGGGCAUCGGGGUGCGUGGAGCCCCCGUGCAUGGAGGACAUUCUCGUCGUGCCGCGCAUUGCAGGUUGCACAGCAGCAGGAUUUUCGGAAGAUUCGCAUGAAGAUGGUUGCGCCAAGGAUUUGGCAUGUUUUUCUGUUACGGGCGACGAGCCGGACAGUGUGAGUUGGUCUCAGGGUUUCCAGCCACGCGGCGUCAGCACGCUGGAGUUUGGAGUUGCGACCUUGCCGUCUUUGUGGGAAGUAGAAAAGCUAGCAGACCGCAAGUUGGAGUGGACACGACCCAGCAGCGCGCUGUUCAGUCACGCCGAUGCGGGACCAGCGCCCCUCCGAUCGGGCAGCGCCAGUGGGCCCAGCAGCCACGGACGGUGUGCGGCCGAGCUCUUCCGCGCAGACUGCUGGCGCUGGAGCAGCAAGAGCAGCGACGCGAUCGAGCUGGAGGUCCCCCGCGUCCUGACCGCCGCCGCACUGCUGGACGAGGCCGAGCCCUGGCUCAGGAUCGUGGACGGCGAGCUCGUCGGCAGGGGCUCCGCGUUCGUGGGCACGGUCGCCUGCUCCAUCCUGGAGGGCCCGGCCCCGGAGCGGGACCUGGCCCGCGUGCUCCAGCGGGCGGCCGAGCCAUCGGGCCGGAAGGACUCGAACGAGACGCCCUGCUGGUAG